AUGGUGAGGCUUGUGCUGCCCAACCCGGGCCUGGAAGGACGGAUCCCGUCCCUGGACCAGCUGGAGCGGCUGGAGAAGGAGGAGGCCAGCUCUAGGCCUAAGUGGGACAACAAGGCCCAGUACAUGCUCACCUGCGUGGGCUUCUGUGUGGGGCUAGGCAACGUCUGGCGCUUCCCCUACCUGUGCCAGAGCCAUGGAGGAGGGGCCUUCAUGAUCCCCUUCCUCAUUCUGCUGGUAGUCGAGGGGAUCCCGCUGCUGCAUCUAGAAUUUGCCAUCGGCCAGAGGCUGCGCAAGGGCAGUGUAGGAGUCUGGGGCUCCAUCCACCCUGCGCUCAAGGGCAUCGGCAUUGCAUCCAUGUUUGUGUCCUUCGUGGUGGGCUUUUACUACAACACCAUCAUUGCCUGGGUCAUGUGGUACUUCUUCAACUCCUUCCAGGAGCCUCUGCCCUGGAGCCAGUGUCCCCUCACCGAGAACCGAACAGGCGUGGUGGAUGAGUGUGCACGAAGCUCAGCCGUGGACUACUACUGGUACCGGGAGACGCUGAACAUCUCCACGUCCAUCAGCGACUCAGGCUCCGUGCAGUGGUGGCUCCUUCUGUGUCUGACUUGUGCCUGGAGUGUCCUCUACGUGUGCACCAUCCGUGGCAUUGAGACCACGGGCAAGGCUGUGUACAUCACCUCCACGCUUCCCUAUGUCGUCCUCACCAUCUUUCUCAUCCGAGGUCUGACUCUCAAGGGGGCCACCAACGGCAUCAUCUUCCUCUUCACGCCCAAUGUCACGGAGUUGGCCAACCCAGUGACCUGGCUGGACGCAGGGGCGCAAGUGUUCUAUUCCUUCUCGUUGGCCUUCGGGGGCCUCAUCUCCUUCUCCAGCUACAACUCUGUGCACAACAACUGCGAGAUGGACUCAGUCAUCGUGUCCAUCAUCAAUGGCUUCACGUCGGUGUACGCAGCCACUGUAGUCUACUCCAUUAUUGGCUUCCGUGCCACUGAGCGCUAUGAUGAGUGCUUCAACCAAAACAUCUUGACGCUCAUUAAUGGCUUCGACCUGGCAGAAGGUUCGGUGACACAGGACAACUUCACAGAGGUGCAGAGCUACUGGAAUGCCACAGACCCCAACACCUUCGCCACUCUCAGCUUCCAGACCUGCGACAUCAACUCCUUACUCUCUGAGGGUGUGGAGGGCACCGGGUUAGCCUUCAUCGUCUUCACUGAAGCCAUCACCAAGAUGCCCGUGUCACCGCUGUGGUCCGUGCUCUUCUUCAUCAUGCUCUUCUGCCUUGGCCUAUCAUCCAUGUUUGGCAACAUGGAGGGCGUCGUUGUGCCCUUGCAGGAUCUCAACAUUGUCCCCAAAAAAUGGCCCAAGGAGCUUCUAACAGGUCUCAUCUGUCUGGGGACCUACCUGCUGGCCAUCAUCUUCACGCUGAACUCGGGCCAGUAUUGGCUGUCUCUGCUAGAUGGAUAUGCCGGCUCCAUCCCCCUGCUGGUCAUCGCCUUCUGCGAGAUGUUCUCAGUUGUCUACAUCUAUGGCGUGGACAGGUUCAACAAGGACAUCGAGUUCAUGAUCGGCCACAAGCCUAACAUCUUCUGGCAGAUCAUGUGGCGUGUGGUGAGCCCCUUGCUCAUGCUGGUCAUCUUCCUCUUCUUCUUCGUGGUCAAAGUCAAUGAGGAGCUCAUCUACAGUGUCUGGGACCCAGCCUAUGCGGAAUUCCCCAAGUCUCAGAAGGUGCCAUACCCAGACUGGGUGUAUGCAGUGGUGGUCAUUGUCUCGGGUGUGCCCUGCCUCGCCAUCCCCUGCUUCGCCAUCUACAAGUUCAUCCGGAACCGCUGCCAGAAACGAGGGGACCAGCAGGGGCUGAUUGGCACCCAGUCUAUGGCCUCUCUCAAUGGCGACCUCAAGCACUGA